AUGAUUCUUAAACAAUGUAGUUCGAGAGAAGGAUUUGAUUCAUCAAAUGAUAUUGAUCAAUAUGAUUAAGAACAAUCAAUAAAAAAAUCCAAAACUGUCUAAAAUAAUGAAGAAUGUAAUCAAACUUUUGAAUAAAAACCCAUUAUUUAAGAAUCUAAAAAAUAAUGUCGUAUAUUGAAUUUAAAUGUUCCAAAAGCUAUCAUAAACAAUAAAACAAUUUACUUAAGUUAACCAUUUUAUAAUACUAAAUAAAUUCAUAUGUUAAUAAAAAAUACUGAAGAACAAUAAGAUUUUGAAAUUUAAACACCAUAAAUUUGCAGACCUUUUGUUGGAAUGAUAAAAUCAGGAAUAGUAUUUGAUUCUAACUUUGAAUCUGGUAAUCUCGAUCGAGUUGAUUAAGUAAUUAAUUCAACUAUAUUGUUAGAUUUCAAAUGAUGAAUAUAAUUUAUAUAUGAGAAUUGAUACUAAUUCUAUAGGUCAUAGUAAUUGGUUUUAUUUUAAAAUAACAUAAAAUGAAUAAAGAAAAGUAAAAUUCAAUAUUUGCAAUUUUACAAAACCUCAAAGUUUAUAUAUAAAAGGAAUGAAACCUUAUGUUUUAUCAAAAAAGAGUAAAAAUAAAUAUUUCACUCAAUAAGGUGAUAACAUUAAAUAUUAAUAAUAAGGUUAAUACUUUAUACUCUCAUUUAUCUAUUAUUUUGAAUAUGAAAAUGAUGAAGUCUUUUUUGCAACAUUACCACCUUAUACUUACACUUAAUUAAUUAAUAAAAUAAAAAAAUGGAAUAAAUCAUCUAAAUAAUAUUUCACAAAAUUAAAAAUAUCAAAUACUUUAUCUGGAUUAGUGUUGCCACUUAUUAUAAUAACUGAUAAAUCAAUAGAUAAAAAUAAAAAAAUUAUUAUUUUAACAGCUAGAGUACAUCCAUCUGAAACUUGCAGUUCUUAUAUGAUUUAAGGUUUUAUCUCAUUUUUAUUAGGUGAAUCUUUCAUGGCCUAAUAUCUACGAAAAAAGUAUAAAAUAUUAUUAAUAUCAAUAGUAUUAUAUUUAAGAUAAUACCAAUGUUAAAUCCAGAUGGAGUAAUAGUAGGAAAUUAUAGAAAUGGUUUAAGUGGAGUAGAUCUUAAUAGAUAAUUUUAAGAAACAGAUUUAACAUUAUUACCAGAAGUAAAAGCAUUGAAAUGUUUAAUUGAAGAUAAUCAAUAAAAAUUAAUUGGUUAUUUUGAUUUUCAUGGUCAUUAAGUUAGAAAGAAUAUAUUUAUGUAUGGUCCUACACUUAGUUCUGAAACAAAAAUAGUUCCAUUGAUUUUAUAAUAAAGAUUAGAUUCAUUUCGAUUUAGAUCAUGUGAAUUUGGAAUACCAAAAUUUAAAUUAGGAACAGCUAGAGCAUAUGCCAAUUAAUUUAUUGAAUCUAUUUGUUAUACUAUAGAAGCAUCAUUUUGUGGUUAUUAGAAGGGAAAAAAUGUGAGAUUCAUUAGUAGUGAUUGGGUACAAAGUGGAUUCUGUAUAGCUGAAACAUUAUUUCUAUAUUUGAACAUGAAACAAUAACAUUAAAAAUAAUUAAGUAAAGCUAAAGAUAUGAAUUAUAGAAUCGAAUUAAUUGUUAAAGAAAAUAAAUGAAAUGUCAUUGAAAGUAGAAUAAACAGAAGUAAAACAUGAUUCUGAUGAUGAGAUUAAUAGUUAAUCUGAUGCAGAAAUAUUUGAAGAUUAUGAUAAAGAGAAAUUAAAUGAACUUUAGAAUUAAAUGAAAAAGGAAUUAAGCCAUUAAAAUUUGAUUGAAUAAGGAGAUAAUAUAUUAAAACAUAUGAAAGUUUAAAGUGUUUCAAGGAAAAUUAAGGUUACUCCCUUAUAUUUAUUAACAAAAAAGUAAUUAAAUAAUAUUAAUUAGAGAUUAACCACGUCCAUCAUUGUAUCCUGAUUUGAGUAUUCAAAAUUGGGAAUUUAGAUCUAAGAAUGCACAUAGUAAUGAAAGCAGAAAUUUAAUUUAAAAAAGAGGGAGAACUAAUAGCAAAUUAUUAUAAUCAUUCAGAUUUGAAAACAAACAGAGAGCCUCAUCUCAUUUAGAUGGUUCUCCAUUUAAUUAGACAAUAGAAAGAAUCAAUAUUACUUAAAUAAUUCCUAAGAAAACAAUAUAUAAUUUUCCAAUUUUAGAUAAUUUAUAAUAAAGUGUAGGAGCACCUUUACCAUUCAUCAGAAAACUGUUAAAUGGAAAAAAUAAAAAACUGCCAGGAUGA